ACAAUCGAAAUGCUUGCGGGUUAUGUUCAAUUGCUUGUUUCAGAACAACGAAAAUAUUGACAAACAUACGAACUUUUACUUUUGCAAGGAGGCCGGCAUGUUAAGAUUAAUAGUAUAAAUAUUUUCGGCUUACCCUAAUAAUUAGCAUAAUCAGCUUUUGGCAAUGAAAAUCAGAAAGUCAUGCAAUUGCCAUAAGAAAAGACUUGAUGACUUUUACUUCCGUCAAACACGAUCGAGAAGGAGAGAAUCAGCAGCCACCAAACAUAAUCCAAGGAGAUUAUCAAUUUAUUUGUUGCUGUUAUUAUGGACAACUUUGACUACUUGACUCGGGAUUGGUCAAUUCUUGGACCACAUCAUUUAGAUGAAUUUAUACGCCUUUGGAGUGAAUACGAUCCAGACGCAAAAGGUCGAAUUAAGCAUUUAGAUGUUGUUACUCUUUUACGUAAGAUUUCACCUCCGUUGGGAUUUGGAAAGUUAUGUCCACAUCGUAUGGCGUGUAAAAGACUUGUAUCUAUGAAUAUGCCGUUAAACUCUGAUGGUACUGUUCUUUUCAACGCAACUCUGUUUGCGGUUGUGCGAACAUCGCUAAGUAUAAAAACGGAUGGUAAUAUUGAUGAAGCUAACGCAGAAUUACGCGCUACAAUAAAACAGAUCUGGAAGCGGACGAAUCCUAAGCUUCUAGAUCAGGUUGUUCCGCCACCAGGAAAUGAUGAUGAAGUUACAGUUGGUAAAUUUUAUGCAACAUAUUUAAUUCAAGACUACUUUAGACGCUUUAAGAAACGCAAGGAGCAGGAAGGCAAAGAAGGUCAAUCAGAAAACGCUACAAUAACGCUACAAGCAGGCCUUCGAACUUUGCAUGAAGUAUCACCAGCAUUGAAACGAGCCAUAUCUGGAAACCUGGACGAGUUAUCUGAGGAACCUGAACCAAUGCAUAGAAGGCACCACACACUUUUUGGUACAGUAUGGUCAUCUUUUCGACGACGUGGAACAAGUUUUAGACAUGACCGCAAAAACCAAAGAUCUGAAUUAAAUGGAAAUAUUGGUGGUGCUGAAUCAACACCAACUAUCGGUGACUGCCCCGAUACGACUUUGAUGUAUGAUUACAACCGCUGCAGCGUUGCUGAUGGCAUUAAUCAUAUUACGAAAAGUCUUAUGCAGGCACGAUUUGGAGCCCCAUCAAUCGUUGGGGUCAGUAGUAAUACCACUAAUUAUAAUGACUUCAGUGUUCAUGAUGAGAUGCGUACAUUCAGUGACAGCACAUCUAUGCGUCCACUCGUAAUGACUAGCGGUAAUAAUGGUCUUACUACGGUUACGCCUACGUCUGGACGUACGUCCAUUCAAGGCAGUCCACUGACCGUAGCGGAAGCUUAUGACAAAUCAAUAUAUGGAAGGUCUUCAUUUUCAAAAACUACUUUACCACUUUUAGAGACCUAAGCACCUCCCGUAUGAAAUUCAAUGGUCAUCCCAGAGCCUUGCAUCUUUUUAAAGGAAAUUAGGUUUUCCGGAAUGUUACGCAAAACAGAAUGUACAAUCUUUAACAAAUACAUAUUCAACGAAGUUUGGCUAAAGUAAAUAUUCGUAUGUGACUUCACAUAGCACCCUAUACUUUAAGAGAACAUCGUAUGAUUUAUACCUAACGGUUACCUACCAAUAAUUCUUUUGCAUACUCAACUGACAUGGAAUUGGCUCAUUUGGCUGCAUACCGAAAAUUCUCAUAUUUUCUUUCCUUUCAAUUAACAACCAUCAACGCGUUAACAUCGAAGGGCAGCCAAUUUUCGUCUAUAUUUUAUAUAUGUAUCAUUGAAGUUUAAUUUGUACAUUCAUCCACAUAUUACAAAAUAAAUUGAUCUGAAGAACCCCAAAUACAAUAGUAUUCUUUACUACACAUAUUUACUACACAAUCAACGAAAAAAGUCUACAAUUCUGUUGCAGUUCGCAAAUGAGUUCAACACGUGUAAGACAAAAGCAAUACACAGUUCCCAGCAAUCGUCAUUUCGAGUGCUAAGAAGACUUAGUGCCGGUAAGUGUGUGCAUUUAGGUUAGGCUUGUGUUAAUCUAGUCAAUGAAGUAAAAUGAGUGAAAAUAUUGAGGAUUUGAUUAAGGUACAAAUGUACAGGUUUUCAUCUCUGGAGAGAAUGCUUACAAACUCUUAGAAAUAUUCGAUUUCAAGCAACAGAACAACAAUAUGAAUUAUUGCCUUCACCGAUUAUUCAAUAAGUAAAUGCGAGCUCUCAACUCUCAUUUGUCCAAACAAACUCUCAUUUGUCCCUCAUUUACAAAUUCUUAUGUUUUCAGGAAAAUUCACGGAAUGGCCUCGUUUUCACGAUACUUUUCAUCAAUUAAUUCACCUGAACGUUAAACUCAGUGCCAUACAGAAAUUUCCUUACCUUAAAGGCGUUUCCACUAGAUCGAGAUAAGGACAUUCAUCACAUACUCCUUACUGAAUUGAAAUAUAUGACAGUGUGGGAUGUAGUGGUUCAAAGGUAUAACAUUCCUUGUAUAUUGUUUUCACAUCGUCAUGAAUACCCUUUACAAGUUUCCGACUCUCACCAAAGAGGUGCCUGUUCAAAUAAAAGCAAUGCCAUAUGUUGCCAAUCAUUGCAUUAAUGAAUUCAAAAGACUUGAAAUUCCAAUUUCGGAUUGUAAUCACGUCUCUUUACUAUAGACGCCAUCGAAAAUCGCAACGUCACCUGCAACGUAUUAUAUUCCACUCCGCUUUUUAAGGACCGAACAUUCCGUCAUUCAAAUGCACUACAAUCUAAAUAUAAUUUCCGAUAAAAUUACAAAUUUAAGAGUUGGCAGGUUUCAAUAAAAAGCAAUUUUCCUCAACAAGAAACGUUGUCCAAGGUUUCUUUCUAAAGACUGUUAUGAAAGAAAAAUAAGAAUCGACAAUGCUAAGCUAAGCCUUAAUUGUCUUAGUAAGCCGCACUAAUUAGCACAGUGUUCCAGCAGCAAGAAUUGCUUGCAAUGUGGGAAGCCGCAUCCUACACUUUCCUUACAGUAGUAACAAUAAUUUCGGUCCAUCAGCACAGCUUACUAUAGGCAAUUCGGCUCAACACCCAACAGAUACUCCAUCGCAAAACACAUCGGUUUCACGCCACGCAUCAUCGACUACAAGCACUAUUAAUAAAUCAACGCCUUUCACGAACGCACAUGUUUUUGUUGUAGUAAAUUCCACUCACUCUCAUUCGAAGGUACAGAGCAUCCAACCAACUCGUCAAGUACUAUUCGCUUCCAAUUUGGUGCUACUUCAUAGCGACGCCACUUAUUAGUCAGUGCCAGCUUACGCUCUCAUCGAUCAAGGGUCAUUUGAAAGAGGAUGGUUCAAAGCCUAUGUCUCCAAAGAUAUCCUACCUCUGGGUUCGAACAAAUUUUAGAAAUCCAAGUCAGUUGUAAGUUGCAUUUUAGGUUCCCGUUCAGAUGACAGAGUUCUCGCUUUUGUAGACUUAGCUUUCGUAUUAAGACAUUUAACUGCACCGUUGCCAAGUAAAUCCAUUAUUCUACCAAACUUAGAGUACAUAAACAACCUUUUACUUGCUGAUUCUAAACAAAUAAUGUUACCGGAAACUCGAAUCGCUGAACCAGAUCAACCAAUUGAACAGAACGCUCGCUUGGGGUGGAUAUUGUCUGGACCCAUUAAAUCAGAACCAGCAUCAAUUGUAGUAGUACGAUGUCAUAACAGCAAUAUUGAACUGGAGGCACUCGUGCAACUUUAUAAGGACAAUACCAGUGGUGUGAAGAGUUCUUCCGUUCGAAACACGUAUGGCAAGCGUAUUACAAAUAUUGUUACGAUUUUACUGAAUCAACCUCGAUUAUUUUCUAGAUCCUUCGGGUACGAUCU